AUGAGUUUAUGGGUAGAUAAGUAUAGACCUAAAACAUUAAACAAACUUUCCUUCCACGAGUCUAUAACCAAGAACUUGGGUGCUUUAGCUAGUACUGGAGACUUUCCUCAUUUAUUGGUCUAUGGACCUAGUGGAAGUGGUAAAAAAACCAGAGUUUAUGCAACUUUACAUGAAUUAUUCGGCAGUCAAGUUGAAAAGUUAAAGAUCGAUGUUAAAACUUUCACAACUUCAUCCAACAGGAAGUUAGAAUUUAAUGUGUUGAGUUCUCCUUAUCAUUUGGAGAUCACCCCUAGUGAUAUGGGGAAUAAUGAUAGAGUGGUCAUUCAAGAUUUAUUGAAAGAUAUUGCAUCGACUGAACAAGUAGACUUCACAUCUCAACAGAAAGGUAUCAAGCAUAGAUUUAAAGUGGUUAUAAUCAAUGAAGCUGAUUCCUUGACUAGAGAUGCCCAAGCAGCAUUAAGAAGAACCAUGGAAAAGUAUUCUUCAAAUAUCAGAUUAAUUAUGAUCUCCAAUACAACAUCUAAUAUAAUACCACCCAUCAAAUCAAGAACUUUGUUGGUAAGAAUACCUGCUCCUUCAGUGAGUGAAAUCUCCCAGAUUUUGAAUAAUGUGGCUACCAAAGAGAAUUUGAAAUUCAGUGUUAAUGAAGAAAGUGAAAAAUUAAAAUUGUUUGAAAAAAUUGCUAUCAAUUCCAGUCAGAACUUAAGAAAAGCUUUACUUUGUUUUGAAACCGUAUCCAUGCAAAAUGAAACCAUUCAAUUGUCCACAAAUUUGAUCGAUUUGGAUUGGGAAAUUAUAAUCAAAAAUAUCUCCAGAUUAAUCUUAACUAAUCAAUCAGUAGCCAACUUGAGUAAAAUCAGAGUCAUUUUUUACGAAUUAUUAGCCCACUGCAUUCCUGCCAGAAUCAUCUUGAAAACUUUGUUAUUCGAUUUACUCGAAUCUUGUGAAAGUAAUAAAAUUGAAGAUUUAGUCAGUAUUGGGUCAACCUUCGAUAAUCGUUUAAGUUUAGGAUCUAAAUCCAUAUUUCAUUUAGAAGGUUUUGCUGCCAAAGCUAUGGUUGCUUUGUCUUAA